AGAGCAGCCUCCGCCGGCUGCAGCCCCGGACCCGCUCCGCUUCGCGCCCGGCAUGAGCCGCGCCCGCCCACGCCCCCCCGGCCGCCGCCGCUCAGCCCCCGCCCGGGCGGCGCCGCUGUAGGAGCGCGGAGCUCCGCGGAGAGCCGGGAGCGGCGCGGGUGGGGCAGGGGGCGAAGGGCGGGGGUGUCCGCGCAGCGGGGUUGAUGUUUAACCCGGAGCGCCCGUUCACGGAGAGGGGCCACUUCUUCUCCUCCAUGGAGUACCAGCGGCAGCUGGAGGAGGAGGAGGGCUACCCGCCUUCCGGCGCCAACGGGACUUUCAACGACAGCGGGGCCGGGCUGGGAUGGAGCAUGCCGUACCCCCUGCACACCACCGUCACCCUCAUCAGCCUGGUGGGCUUGCUCAUGCUCUUCACCGUCUUCGGCAACGUCCUGGUCAUCAUUGCUGUCUUCACCAGCCGGGCGCUCAAGGCCCCCCAGAACCUCUUCCUGGUGUCCUUAGCCUCGGCCGACAUCCUGGUGGCCACGCUGGUCAUCCCCUUCUCCCUGGCGAACGAGGUGAUGGGCUACUGGUACUUCGGCAAAGUCUGGUGUGAGAUCUACCUGGCCUUGGACGUGCUGUUCUGCACCUCCUCCAUCGUGCAUCUGUGCGCCAUCAGCCUGGACCGCUACUGGUCCAUCACACAAGCCAUCGAGUACAACCUCAAGCGCACCCCGCGCCGCAUCAAGUGCAUCAUCUUCAUCGUCUGGGUCAUCUCGGCCGUCAUCUCCUUCCCGCCGCUCAUCUCCAUAGAGAAGAAGAGUGGGCAGCAGGUGGACCAGUGGGCGGCAGGGUGCAAGAUCAAUGACGAGAAGUGGUACAUCAUCUCGUCGAGCAUCGGCUCCUUCUUCACCCCGUGUCUCAUCAUGAUCCUGGUCUACGUGCGCAUCUAUCAGAUAGCCAAGAGGCGAACCAGGGUCCCGCUGAACAAAAGGCCAGAGCGCCCGGAGAAAAAGCAGAACGGCCUGGCCGACAAGGAGGAACUGCCUGCCUCAGCCCAGCUCAAUGGAGAGAAAGCGGCCGGAGCUGGCGAUGGGCAGGAGGGAGAGGUCAACGGCAUAGACAUGGAGGAAACCUCCUCCUCUGAGCACCAGGAGAACAACCAGCCCAAGAAAUCAGAGAGACCCCUGCGGGGAAAGACCAAGACUAAGCUGAGCCAGAUUAAGCCUGGGGACACUUUGCCCAGGAAGACGGAGGAGGAGAGGAACACCAAAGGGUCCCGGUGGAGGGGCAGGCAGAACCGGGAGAAACGUUUCACUUUCGUGCUGGCGGUGGUGAUUGGGGUCUUCGUCAUCUGCUGGUUCCCAUUCUUCUUCACCUACACGCUGACCGCGGUCUGCAAGAGCUGCUCUGUGCCUCCCACCCUCUUCAAGUUCUUCUUCUGGUUCGGUUACUGCAAUAGCUCCUUGAACCCCGUCAUCUACACCAUUUUCAACCACGACUUCAGACGGGCCUUCAAAAGGAUCCUCUGCAGGAUAGAGAGGAAAAGGAUCGUUUGAAGGACCCACUGGGAUGGGCAGGACUAAUAACUCAAGACUUUGCAAGAGAGUAAGGCAUGGCUCUCUUGGGUUGCGCUUGCAUGGGAUGGUUUCCUUCAGCUUGUGAGCAGGAAGCCUUCCAAACCCGAGAUGAGCCCACUGAAAUGCCCAACAGCGGCAGCGAGGAGCGGCAGGCGAGUGGAGAGUCUCUCAGUGGAUAUUUUCAUGACUGCUCAGUUUGACUCUUUAAAGACAAAUGGCGCACAGCUCCGUGAGAUGAACGGCAAAGAGGGAGUAUGGCCCUUCAGAGGUGUUGGCUUUUUAUUUUGUUGUAUCUUCCCCCCCUCCCACCCCCCUAUCCCAUUGUAUGUGUAAUUAAUUUUAACCCCCUUGUAAAAUACGGUAUUGUAUCUCCGAAUCUGAACGUCUUAAUUUUUGUAAGGCAAGCAGCUUUGAAACUGUGAAUGCUUUAAGUAUGUUUGACACCUGAAAACUCCCUCUCUCCCCACUCCCUGAAAUCCCCCUUACUCAAAACCAACAAAGAGUUACAGCAGUUUCCCCUGCCUGGCAAGUGGGUAAUAUUACCAGCGUUCCCAUUUCCAAUGUCCUGUUGUUGUUCUUUUUUUCUCUUUUUUUUUCUUUUUUUCUCUUUCUGGCCAUAAAGCUGAGGAUCAUGCUCCCUGCCAGACUAGCUUUUCCUUUUUUCUCAUUUUUCUAUUUUCUUUUUUCCUUUUCUCUCUGUCCUACCUGAUUCUGUUGAAUUCAGUGCUGCCCGUGUAUGAUAAGGCUGAGCUGUAACUUCCCUGUCCCUACCAGCGGGAGCAGAGCCGCGGGGCGGUUGCUGUGUAGGUGGGCACCCAAGGGCUGCUGAGGGCUCUUUCUCACGCCGUGCAGAGCUUGGGACCCAGCCAAGCUCCCAGCAACUUCCCCUUGGCUGAUAUGACACCGUAUCGAAGCGCCAAAGCGUGCUCAAUGCGAACUCGGUUCCCCCACCCCCGACUGUAAAUAGAUAACGUUUCAAAGCAAACGUCAGCGCUCCGUGUAUCACGCUGUCUUGUUUCUAUUGAUUUUCUGCUGUUUCAACUCCCGCUGCAUUUCCUGCGGGCUCGCUGGGGCUGUGCACACGGCCGUUCCGAGUGAGGGAGAGUUAAGUUUGCAAUCUGCCUCUCUCAUCUGCCCUAGGAAAUGCUGAAGCAUCCCUCUUUCAGUCUUACACAGGGCAAAGCUCUGGAAUGGGGAACUUCCCCGCAGGUUCCCCAGUAUUUUAUAGUGUAAGCGAGUGCUUUUUUAGUUAAAAAAAAAACAACCACAAAGUGUAAAUAUUGUGAGGCUGGAGCAGGAGAGGGAGUUAAUGCUGCUUUUACACUCCUCUCCUGAGAUGUCUUUCAGCUUUUUCUGCUCACAACUAAAAACCUGAACAGAACAAAUGUCACAUCCUUCUGCCAUGGGGACAUUCCUGGAGAACGCUAAAAGGAAAACCUUCCUGAUCUCUCUUAAUAAAGGAGUCUGCAAGCCUCCCAGUGCCACCCAUACGGCUCUUCAGCGAUGACAGAUCGUAGGAACUGCUUGGAGAAGGCAACGUUUAAGGCUCACGUAUAGCAUGGAUUUGCCUUCUGUAGGGUUGCGUGGUGCGCAGGAAGAGACUUUAAAGCAGCGACUUUUUACUUUGGGAUGUGCUCUGCUGAUUUUGCUCUCUUCUGACUUUGCAUUCACUCGGAGGGUGCCCGGAUGCACCCUGGGACCUGGAGAGCAGUGUUUACAUUCACUUGCAUUUUCAGAGUUGAAUCCUCGGAAGGUGAGGAAAGCAAAUAAACUGUGCUUUACUUGUAAAAACAAAGCAGAAAACACAAGCAGGGGUUGCUACAAUGGAUGAUUAUUUUUAAUAAAUAAAAGAGUGUUUACAGGUCGAG